AUGUAUUAUAGCGGACCGAGGAUGACAAAGACAAUAGGAUUCAGAGACUGGAGAUGGCAGGCGCUUUGGUGGCUUCAUUUCUUUCUCUUGUGGAUUACAAUAGAGGGACAGACUCGGUACAGCAUCCCGGAGGAGCUAAAACAGGGUUCUGUGGUAGGAAAUCUAGCCAAAGAUCUGGGUUUGGGACUAUCUGAGAUUUUUGAGCGUAAGCUGCGUGUCGCCUCUGAGGCUGGUAAGCAGUAUUUCAGUGUGGAUGCGGGGAAGGGCGAGCUGGUGGUGGAUGACAGAAUAGACAGAGAGGCUCUCUGUGGUCAAAGCACCAGCUGUAUUCUACCUCUGCAAGUCGUUGUAGAAAAUCCUUUGCAGUCACAUCGAAUUGAAGUGGAAAUCAGAGACAUAAAUGACAACUCCCCCAUUUUUCUAACCAAGGAGGUUAAUCUGAAAAUACCAGAAUCAGUUGCGCUUGGCAAACGUUUUACUUUGGAGGGUGCAGAGGAUCCUGACGUAGGGAGUAAUUCUUUGAAAACCUACUCUUUAAGCAAAAACGAUUAUUUUUCUCUCAAAUUUAAAGACACUAAAAAUGGUAAAGCUGUGCCAGAAUUAGUUUUAGAUAAGCAAUUGGACCGUGAAAAAAACGCACAGCAUCAACUGCUGUUAACGGCAAUAGAUGGGGGAAACCCAGUCAAAUCUGGAACUUGCAAAAUUAUUAUCAGUGUACUUGAUAUUAACGACAAUUUUCCAGUAUUUACUGAAAACGAGUACAAAGUUUCUUUAAAGGAAAACAGCACCAAAGGAAUCUUUGUAAUCAAACUUACAGCUACAGAUGCCGACGAGGGUCUUAAUGGGGAGAUAAAAUAUUCUUUUGGAUCUCGCACCCCAGCAUUUGUGUUGUCAACAUUUGAAAUCAAUGAAAUUACAGGAGAAAUCAUUUUAAAGGGAACAUUGGAUUAUGAGAGUUCUAAAUCCUUCCUGGUUGACAUUACUGCAAAAGACAAAGGAACUCCAGAAAUGGAAGGUGACUGUCGUGUACAAUUGGAUGUUGAGGACAUAAAUGAUAAUGCACCAGAAAUUGUCCUCACUUCCAAACCCAGUCCUGUACGUGAAGACGCUCCAAGUGGCACUGUGGUGGCUUUGAUAAGUGCACGAGACCUUGAUUCCGGUGAUAAUGGUAAGGUGACUUUACGACUUCCCAAGGGUUCUCCCUUUACUCUGAAGCCCUCGUUUUCAAAUAAUUACGAACUGGUUACAAGUGGUCCUUUAGACAGAGAAAGUUUCCCUGAGUAUAAUAUUGAGAUAACAGCCACUGAUUCAGGCUCUCCUCCUCUGUCCAGUAAGAAAACUAUACCUGUCAGCAUCACUGAUGUGAAUGAUAACCCUCCUGUAUUCACUCAGCCCUCCUAUAAUGUGUAUUUAAAAGAGAAUGGAGUAGCAGGCUCUAUACUGUACUCAGUAUCAGUAUCUGAUCUGGAUUUUGGUGAAAACUCCAAAAUCUCUUACUCGAUACUGGACUCUAAAGUACAGGACGUGUCUGUGUCCUCUUAUGUUUAUAUUAACUCAGACAACGGCAGCAUCUACAGCAUGCACUCGUUUGACUAUGAGAAACUGAAGGUGUUUCAGAUUCAGGUUCAGGCAAAGGAUCAGGGCUCUCCGUCUCUCAGCAGCAACGCCACUGUCCAUGUUUUUAUCCUGGACCAAAACGACAAUGCCCCCGCUGUUAUUUACCCCUCCUCCGCUGCCAUGGGCUCCCUCUCUCAUCAGAGGAUGCCCCGCUCCGCAAAAGCGGGCCACCUGGUUACCAAGGUCACUGCCGUGGACGCAGACUCGGGCCAUAACGCGUGGAUCUCGUACAAAGUGGCGGAGGCCACAGACGCCUCUCUGUUCACUGUCAAUCUGUACACAGGGGAGGUGAGGACUAAACGCGCUGUGUACGAGCACGACGACUCCUCUCAGAGGCUGCUCAUAGAGAUCAAGGACGACGGGGAACCGGUCCAGUCCACCACCGUCACGGUGUCCAUCCUGAUUGAGGACGGCCUGCAUGAGCCCAUCUUAGACCUGCGACAUAAAGUCUCCGAGCCCAGCAAGAAAAACGGCAGAAUCGCCCUUUAUUUGAUCCUCUCUCUGGCCUCGGUGUCCGUGCUGUCUGUUGUGACUUUUCUCAUCUUAGCGGUGAAAUGUAUCAGGAACAGCAGAAGCAGCGCUAGUUGCUGCACGAGUCGGAGCGACUGUGACGAUUACAAGAACCCCAACAGAAACCUGCAGAUUCAGCUGAACACUGAUGGACCUAUAAAGUACGUGGAGGUCCUGGGAGGAGACAUGUUGUCUCAGAGUCAGUCGUUCAGGUCCUGUAUGUCUCCCAUGUCAGAGUACAGUGAUUUCACUCUGAUCAAACCCAGCAGCACCACUGACUUUAAGGAGGUCAUCAGUGUCCUGGAUGCGUCUUUACCCGACAGCACCUGGACCUUUGAGAGCCAGCAGGUGAGCAGAGAGUCAGACAAACAAUGA